AUGCGCCGUAUUGCUGCACCAUCAUCCCCUUUACUUCCUGUAACGAAAUCGUUGGCUUGGAUCAACGCCCCUACGAUCCACAACAUUAAAACCCACCUUAUUCUCGCUCGACUAGAAUAUGCGGAAGCUAUUGCCAAACUAAGGAAAAGGCUACAAAGCCCAGCUUCAGGUGCGGUAAAUGAGACGCUUUUGGUAAUACUGUUGCUCUCUAUGACCGAGCCAGUAUUAGGCGACCCAGUCUCCGUAGACUUAGCGACCCUCACUCAUCUCAUCGGGGCAUCACGCUUCAUUGAAAGCAGCAAGCUAUGCUCUUCGUUCUCAGGUUUUCCCGCACCAAUAAUCGCCGUUUUGAUGAAUAAUAUGAUAUUUGGAUGUCUAAGCUGUCUAGCCGAACGUGCUUCCCUAUUAUGCUCCACUCUUCAAGCACUGCACAAGAUUUCGAUCUCGACUUCGAGCCUGCCACCUGGAUCAGCUUACAUAAUCCGCCUAGGUGUCUCAGUCGUCGAAAUCCACAACGAGGUCAGGCUACGACAAUUUUCAAACUGGGUUGACACCUCGCAAAACCAGCUAAAUAUUCUUCUUGAGAAAUGCUCUGCGACGUUGAAAGAGAUUUCCAUAUGGUCACACUUGUGGGAACCCAAAGCGCAUAAUCUCUCGCCAGAUGAAUGGAACCAACUCCUCACAGUUGGAUCUGUGUGGAAUCGUUCAGAAGCACCCAAGGAUGUGAGCAUGUGGUUCCGUAAGGAUUGGAGUCAACUGUGUCUCUACCAGCUUAUCUUACACGUCGCUGCUUGUCGAUGCGUUCAACAACUAUCGCGAACGAUCGAUGCUUCCCCUGGUCAUGCUGAAGAGGAGCUUCGGAUGCUCAAAGUUACCAAUUCGAAGAUAAAAACGGCGUUAGACAACGUUGCACAAGAAAUCAAAGACUUCGUGCCUGUCUUUUUAGGUACAAACAACCGAUAUAUGGCAGAUGGAGUCUUACUCAGAAUCGCUGCGUAUGCGAUGUUGAUGCCUCUACGUGUUGCGAUAACGGUCCCUGGUCUUGGAGCGAAGUUUCGUGCUGAGCUCGAAGUAGCUGUUGAAUUGAUUGCGAAUCAUGCUGGAAUCAGUCGCAAUUUUAUCACAGACCGAGUCCAAACCACUGUCUUUGAAUGA